GGAUCCGAACGCCGUAGCAAAGGCAUUUGUGGAGCACUACUACUCGACGUUCGACGCGCCUCGGCCGGGGCAGGUUAGCUUGUAUCAAGAUGAGUCCAUGUUGACUUUCGAAGGUCAGAAGAUCCUGGGCUCUCAGAACAUCGUGGCCAAGCUCACCAGCCUCCCCUUCCAGCAGCGCCAGCUCCAAAUCACCACCGUCGAUUGUCAGCCUUCUGGACACGCUGGUGGUAUACUCGUUUUCGUCAGCGGCAAUCUGCAACUUGCUGGUGAGCAGCAUGCUCUCAAGUUGAGUCAGGUAUUUCUGCAAACACCUUCCGUACUUAUGCUGAACUGUGUUUUUUUCUUUUGCUUGCAGAAUUGUGGAAUUUAUUACCAAAAUACAACACUUUUCAAACAAAAAUACUAA